AUGGCGUACUCGCUCGCCACCUCGUACACGGGAGAGGCCCUCAUCAAUGGCUUCAACUGGGUGGACACGCGCGACUACUCCAACGGCUACGUCCGCUACCAGAGCCAAGCCAACGCAGCCAGCCAGGGCCUCUUCGCCGUUGAUCCGCAGACGGGCGUCGUCCGCAUCGGCGUCGACCACACCAACACAUACGAUGUCACCGCCGGCCGUCCGAGCAUCCGCAUCGAGAGCAAGACGGCCUUCAACCAGGGCCUCUUCAUCGGCGACUUUUCCCACAUGCCCCCGUCGCAGUGCGGCGUAUGGCCAGCUUUCUGGGCCUACGGACCCAACUGGCCCGCCUCUGGCGAGAUUGACAUCAUCGAGGGCGCCAACACGGCGCACCGCAACAUCAUCUCGGCACACACCACGUCCGGCUGCCAGCUCGGCGCCGACGUCCUGGCCAUGGCCUCGGGCGUCGCCCAGGACACAAACUGCGACGUCGGCACGCAAAACAUUGGCUGCGGCUACGUGCCCCCCGCGGCCGACACGUCGUCGUACGGCGACACCUUCAACGCCGUCGGCGGCGGCGUCUACGCCAUGCAGUGGGACGACGACUUCAUCAAGGUCUGGCACUUUGACCGCGCCGCCGCGCCGGCCGACAUUGCUGCCAAGCGGCCCGAUCCCGCCGGAUGGGGCAAGCCGCAGGCCGUGUAUGGCGGCCAGAGCUGCGACGUCCAGUCGCACUUCCGCGACAUGAGCAUUGUCCUCAACAUCAACUUUUGCGGCGACUACGGCAACGCCGUCUGGGCGAGCGACGGGUGCACCGCCCUCGCGCCCACCUGCUCCGAGUGGGUGGCUAAGAACCCGGCCGCGUUUGCCAAUGCCUACUGGGAUGUCAACUACAUUGAUGCCUAUGUCCAGGGUGUCGCCAACACCACCACGUCUAGCAGCAUCUCGUCCACCCACACCACGUCCAGCCAGAGCCAGACGACCAGCACCAGCCCGAUCGUGUCCUUGACCACCACGUCCAGCCAGAGCCAGACGACCAGCAACAGCCCGGUCGUGUCCUUGAACACCACCCCCGGCAGCACCAGCAGCCAGAACGGCACAUUUACGCGCUUCUCCGUGGCCAGCAACUCCUCCAUGCCCAACCCCACCAACCCGUCUUCAUCGUCUUCCUUCCCAUCAUCGUCGUCUUCCCUGUCCUCGCCCUCGACUGCAUCCUCUCCCUUCAACUCUUCGACUACGACGACCUCGUUAGGGAGCAUCACCGCCUUGACCACUGCCGAACGUGCCGGCCCCAUCCCGACCGCCUCCCUGCCGGCGCCCGGCAGCAACCCGCGCGCCAACCCGGCCAACCUCAACGACUUUUCCUACCUCGGCUGCUUCGGCUCCAGCAGCGACUUCAAGUCCUUCACCAAGGUGGCCGACCGCGCCGACAUGGACCUCGACAGGUGCACGGAGCUCUGCAACGGCAAAAAGUACGCUGGCGUUUUUGACACGUCCUGCUACUGCGCCGAGGAGCUCGACGCGGAUACCCGCGUCAGCGCCGACGCCUGCGACGCGGCCUGCCCGGGCAACGCCCGCCAGUUUUGCGGUGGCCGCAUCAAGGGCCGUGGGAAUUCCACAGACGACGGCAUCGGCGCCACGGCCAAUGUUACUCUGCCCAACUCUUCCAGCUUCGUUUCUGGAGGCCCUGUGCCGCUGCGAACUGACAGCACCUACCCUGGUAACCCUGUCGGCGGCAGCAAGUUCAACGCUACCACUUCUGGGCAGGCCCUCCCAAGCGGCACCGGCAUCCCGCUUGUCACGGGCACUUUGACCGCUCCUUGGACUAUCAACCUCGUUGCCACGUUCAACUCGACUGGCUCUGGGGCCCUCCCUGGUAGUUCCGGCAUCUCUGCUUCUGACUCGUCCAUCUCUACCAGUACCACGCAAGGCUCAUCUUCUGCCUCUGCGACCACCACACUCGACGUCGUGGCCACGUUCAACUCUACGAGUCCCAGCAACUCCGAGACCACGUCCGCCGACACUCCCGUCGUCACCAUCCCCGUCUACCCUAUUCCCAAAGCCGAUAACGCGACUGCGUCUAGUAGCAGCAGCAGCUCGGCUGCCGCAACGAGCGGCUCGGCCCCUGUGGCGAGCGGCUCUGCCCCCGCACCGUUCAGCAACUCGACACUGACUGGCCGCCGCCUACUCGGCGCCCGCUCCCUGAGGAUGAUGAAGAGCGUCCGCCCGAGCACAAUUGACCGCCGCGCGGCUGCUGAUUUCCUGCUGACCGUCUACGCCGCGGUGGCCAAGGAAGACCCCCCGAAGCAACCCCCUGGCAUGGGCAUUCACACCUCCAACGCCCCCAGCGCCCCCAACUUCCAGGCCAAGCAGUCUUCCGUCGUGGGCACCACCAACCCGUCCACCAUCACCGCCACGAGCACUACCACUACUGUCGUGACAACGAUCCACUACCUGACUGUCUACCCCUCCAAGCCCUCCGAGGUCGUCACCGAGACGUUCGUCACGACCAUUGUCAAGGCGCACUGCGGCUGCACCGAGACCCCUCCUCCGGUCAUGACUGUGCCCAUGGAGACCAAGGUUAUUUCUUGCUCCGCUUGUGGUCGCAAGGGCGAGAAUACAGUGACCAUUACCGUCCCUUGCUCUGUCGACGUCGCCACGCCGACUGCCACCCCGAGCGGCAGCCUGCCUCCUUCUAAUGACAACAAGCUGCCUCCCGCGCCUGGCGGCAAGGUCCCUUCCGCGCCCGCCGACAAGGCUCCGCCCGCGUUCGGCGGCAACGCACCCCCGUCACCCGGCAACAACGCGCAGCCUGCGCCCAGCGCCAACGUGCUCCCGGCGCCUAGCAAAUAUGUGAAGCCUGCGCCGAGCGAGGAGGUCAUUCCUGCUCCUAGCGCCAAUGUGGCUCCCCCGCCCAGCAGCAGCAAGCCUCCUGUGUCUGGCGGCAGUGCCUCUCCCGCCCCAAGCGGCAAGCUUCCUCCUGCGCCUCCCUCAACUGUCCCGGUCGUUGCCGGUGCCUCGGGAUUCAAGGUGACUUCGCUUCUCCUCACCACCAUGCUGGCCAUGGUUCUUCUUCUGUGA